UAUGUUUUAUGUCAUUUUUUGGCAUUGAGAGGUUCCAAAAUACAAGAAUGUGUAUAUACACCAUCUACCGAUACAGAUACAGUAGCAAUGCUAGUCAACCCUGUCUUCUGCAUUUGGCCACAGGUUCUCAUACACAUCUCAUCUUAUAUAAUCUUGGACAAUACACCUAGGAAAGAAUAUUUUGGCAUGCCUGGUCCAUCCCUGGCAAUCUUCUGCAGAUAUGUCCAGGCAUCCAGCAUUCAUUGCAUCCAGGAGGGACAUUUGAUGAUGUGGACGGUGGUCAUAAACCUUCCACCUCCAUGAGGAAAAUAAUUCCUCUAUGGGGUUGAGGAAUGGAGAGUAAGGAAGGAGGAAAAGUGACACCAUCCUGGGAAGGGCUAUAAACCACUCUGUGACUGCAUGGGACUGGUGAAAUGCCACAUUGUCCCAUACAAUUACAAACGUCGGCCAAUUUCGCCUCACUGCAACCCUUUCCUCACCUGGAACAACUCAUCCAUAGAGAUCCUCCAGGAAUGUAAUGAGACGCUCUGUGUCGUACGGCCCAACCCUUCCAUAGAGGUCCUCCAGGAAUGUAAUGAGACGCUCGGUGUCGUACGGCCCAACCCUUCCAUAGAGGUCCUCCAGGAAUGUAAUGAGACGCUCGGUGUUGUACGGCCCAACCCUUCCAUAGAGGUCCUCCAGGAAUGUAAUGAGACGCUCAGUGUUGUACGGCCCAACCCUUCCAUAGAGGUCCUCCAGGAAUGUAAUGAGAUGCUCGGUGUCGUACGGCCCAACCCUUCCAUAGAGGUCCUCCAGGAAUGUAAUGAGACGCUCAGUGUUGUACGGCCCAACCCUUCCAUAGAGGUCCUCCAGGAAUGUAAUGAGACGCUCGGUGUUGUACGGCCCAACCCUUCCAUAGAGGUCCUCCAGGAAUGUAAUGAGACGCUCGGUGUCGUACGGCCCAACCCUUCCAUAGAGGUCCUCCAGGAAUGUAAUGAGACGCUCGGUGUCGUACGGCCCAACCCUUCCAUAGAGGUCCUCCAGGAAUGUAAUGAGAUGCUCGGUGUCGUACGGCCCAACCCUUCCAUAGAGGUCCUCCAGGAAUGUAAUGAGACGCUCGGUGUUGUACGGCCCAACCCUUCCAUAGAGGUCCUCCAGGAAUGUAAUGAGACGCUCGGUGUCGUACGGCCCAACCCUUCCAUAGAGGUCCUCCAGGAAUGUAAUGAGACCCUCGGUGUUGUAUGGCCCAACCCUUCCAUAGAGGUCCUCCAGGAAUGUAAUGAGACGCUCAGUGUUGUACGGCCCAACCCUUCCAUAGAGGUCCUCCAGGAAUGUAAUGAGACGCUCGGUGUUGUAUGGCCCAAUUAGCGGUUUGUGUAACAGCAAUCCAUCAGAGGAUAUUGCAGCAGACAUUGUGAUAUUGGCACCCCUCUGGCCCGGGACAUCCACUGUGGCUCUUUUCCCAAUCACAUUCCUUCUGCGCCGCCGUGUUUUGGCCAAGUUGAAACCAGCCUCAUCCACAAAGAUGAAUAUGUGGGGUGUUCGCCUGGCUUCAAUCUCCAUGACUCUCUAAAAUAAAUCCACAAGGCAACAUAAGAGUUAGGCUAUUACAGUAGUUUACAUUAUACCUUAAAACAUGCCAUUGUGUGCCUCUGCCCUGUUUG